AUAGAAUAGAAUAGAAUAGAAUAGAAUAGAAAGAGAUGAGUAACAAAGUAGUUCUUUGAAAUGAAGUUGUUCUGUUAAAGUGCCAAAGGGGUGGCCAGGGUGGCACUGUACAGCCAUGUCAUUUGAUUGGCCACUCCGAUGCCAUCUCAAUAGUUUAUUCGCUACUGCCAGUUGCUGCUGAUUAACAUCUCAUUAAUCGAAAGAAGUUAAAGUUGAGUUUUGCUCGGUUUUCAAAUCGAAGACGACCCGAAGACAAGGGAAAGUAAUUUCAAGAUAAAAACAAGAUGAAACUAUUUGUGCUGUUAGCAGCAGUGGCUUACUGCAACGCCUGCAGACUGGAAGGUUUCUCCGAAGACACCACUACGAACCCACAAGGUUGUUCUGACUCUGAUGGAAAUCUCCAUGAAUUUAACUCUGAAUGGGAGAACGGACCUGAAACCUGUGUCUGUGUUGAUUUUGGAAUCAUCUGUUGUGAAAGGUCAUGGGACCAUUUUGAUAACAGUGCCCCACCUGAACUCCCCACCACCCCUCAGAUCAUUGCUGAUGAUUAUGAAGACUUAUAUGGACAUCCAAAACCAUCCAGUGAAGAACAAGAAUCACAAGAAGUCCCCAGUCAGCCAAAUGAACCUGAAGUUGAACCUGAAGCAGAACCUUUAGCAGAAGCUGAACCUGAACCAGAAGCUGAACCAGAAGCUGAACCUGAAGCUGAACCUGAAGCAGAAGCUGAACCUGAACCUGAAGCAGAAGCUGAACCUGAAGAACAAGCAGAACCUGAAGAAGAAGCAGAACCUGAAGAAGAAGCUGAACCUGAAGAAGAAGCUGAACCUGAAGCAGAAGCUGAACCUGAAGAAGAAGCUGAACCUGAAGAAGAAGCUGAACCUGAAGAAGCAGAACCUGAAGCAGAAGCUGAACCUGAAGAAGAAGCACAACCAGAAGCAGAUUCUGAACCUGAAGGAGAAGCUGAACCUGAAGCAGAAGCUGCCGAUGACUCUCAGGAUGCAGCUGAGGACAAUGAAUAAUCAGAAAAAUCCUGAACAGGAAAAACUCUUAUAAACACUUUAUAAAAUACAGUACAAAGUUAAAUUUAAAUUGUGUUGAAUGAGCUGAUACAUAAAGCAUUAUAAAUAAAACAAACAUACUUGA